AUGGAUGACAAUGGUGGCAUCUCCAAGGUAUGCCAUUCUGAACUGGUGCUUUACCACAGCGUGUCUGGUCCAUGGCAGUUCUCACUUCCCCCCAGUAAGAUGGAGACAAUAAAGUUCCAUGAAUCCUUCAACUCCCCCACCCGGAUACUCACCAGAACCCCUUUAGUCCAGCACAUCAUCCUGGUCUUGCAGCAACCCCACUGGUUCCUCGUCAAAGACAGUAGCCAAUACAUCCAGCAGGCCCCCCACCUUAAAGAGGAAGAGGAGGAUCCACAGCCUCCCCACAUUAAAGAGGAAGAGGAGGAAGUGUGGAUCACACAGGAGGAAGAGUGUCUUCUAGGGCAGGAGGAGGCUGAUCUCAGCAAGUUUCCACUGACUGUUGUCUCUGUGAAGACUGAAGAGCAUGAAGACAAACCACCUGAGUCCUCACAGCUUCAUCACAGUCCAAACGUCCAGCGGGUGUCAGCGGGGAGUCAUGAAGAGGAGUGGCACACCAGUGUGGGACAGAAGGAGCUACAGGCCCCCUCCCACAUUAAAGAGGAGCAGCUUCAUGAUGAAGAUAAAGCUCAGUCCUUACAGCUUCAUCACAGUCAAAGUGAGGAGAACAGAGGGGCGGAGCUUGUAAGUCAACACCUCACAGAAGCUGAUGGAGAGCAUUGUGAAGAUAUCAAGUCAGAACCAGACAGCAUAUUUGCUCCACUGUCAGACAUGGACCACAUGAUGUCAGACUCUUCUGAUCACAGUGACCACAUUCAAAAACCUUUGGAGAGUAAAAAUGAGUCUAAAGGUGAUACGAGACAUCACACUAACAACAAACACUUUGACUGCUCUGAAUGUGGGAAAUCAUUUAGGCAGAAGAGUAAUUUUACAGUACACAUGAGAACACAUACUGGAGAGAAACCUUUUGCUUGCUCUGUUUGUAAGAAGAGUUUCUCCAUAAAGCAACACAUGACCAGACACAUGAGAACACACACUGGAGAGAAACCUUUUACUUGCUCUGUUUGUAAGAAAAGUUUCUCCAUAAAGCAACACAUGACCAGACACAUGAGAACACACACUAGAGAGAAACCUUUUCCUUGCUCUGUUUGUAAGAAGAGUUUCUCCAGAAAGCUUGCCAUGACCACACACAUGAGAACACAUACUGGAGAGAAACCUUUUACUUGCUCUGUUUGUAAGAAGAUUUUCUCCCGAAAGCUUGACAUGACCACACACAUGAGAAUACAUACUGGAGAGAAACCUUUUACUUGCUCUGUUUGUAAAAAGAGUUUCUACAGAAAACUUGACAUGACCACACACAAGAGAACACAUACUGGAGAGAAACCUUUUACUUGCUCUGUUUGUAAGAAGAGUUUCUCCAGAAAGCGUAACAUGACCACACACAUGAAAACACACACUGGAGAAAAGCCUUUUCUGUGCUCAGUGUGUCCCAAAAGAUUCUCCAUAAAUCAGCAAAUGAAAAGACACAUGAGAACACACACUGGUGAGAAACCGUUUAGUUGCACUGUGUGUGAUAAGGUGUUCAGGUUUAAGUAUCAGGUCAGUAAACACAAGUGUGUAACAGUCAUGGAAGCUGCAGGGAUUUAAAAACACUUAAACAGUGAUUGUGCUAAAUGUAGUUUAAAAACCCAGCAUGUUUAAUAUGAAUGUAUAUUUGAUGUUGUAUGUAGUGCUUCUCAUCUUCUAGUCUUAUAUGUUGUCCUGGAGUUACUUUUUAAGUUGUGUGCAUGUAUUGAAUAUUAUAUAUGUAGCUACUAUUGUAUUCUAUUUUCUCAUUGUUAAAGAGAGGACAUCUUAUUAUUUUCAUUUGGGUUUUUUUCCACACAUUUUUUUCGAUUACAUUUGAUUGAUGUUCUUAUCCAAUUAAAAGUAUGAAUGAAUACAAUGGUUAACAAAAUGUGGACUCUGGUAGAUUGGCAGCCUUGUUACAUCAUGGAUGUUAACUACUGCAAAACAUCGACAAAGAAGAAAAAGGCUCUGGUGCAGUAGGUGGCGGUAGCCUACUAUGCAUUGUAACUCCGCCAAUAGCACUUAAUUCACCUGGUGGGCCAGAAGAAGAAGAAGAAGAAGAAGAACGGACUGACCGACCGACCGGAUAUAUUUAACGUUAAUCCGCGAUUUCACCGAGCGUUUCACUGACGGUGAGCAGCCUGAC